CUGGGCGUCAAGGCACUUUAGACUGUUUCAACGGAACGCGUUGCGCACCGAAGCACCUAGAACUACUUGCACUCCGCAUCGCUAUCAACGAAAACCAUGCCGCGCGGAAUACCGAAUGCUAAAAGGGAUGAUAGCGGCAUGCGCUACACAGUCGAUGCAUGUUCCUCUCGCCACAGUUCUAAUCCAAAACAACUGGGUGCAUCGUACCUCAAAUCAGAGUCACAGACACUAUGGUCGAGAAAUACAGCCAGGAAACAGAAAUUGCCAGCAGAAGAUGCUCCAGCACCUUCGCAAGACCAGAGACGUGGCUCACAGGUCAUUGUCAUCCAUCCAGGCUCACGAUGGUUGCGUAUCGGUAAGGCCUCUGAAGUGACUCCCGUUUCAGUCCCCAAUGUGAUUGCGCGGAGGCACAAAUCUCCCGUCCCAGAACCGAAUUUCAUAGAGGGCAUUAUGCGCCCGAGGAAGAGUCGCACCGCCCCGCCCUCCGCUGCGCCGCAACCCCCGAGUGGAGACGAGUAUGCGGUGGCAGCCGCAUCUGAUGACCCCUUUGAGGUGAAGCUGGCUUCCAUCACGGUUUCUCUUCGGGAGCGUAUGAGAUUCUACAAGCUUCGUGUCACCCAAAAUGCCACAAGUAUUGCGUCGACCUUUAACGAGCAGUUCAGACCCGAAAUUAUUCCAGAAGCAAAUGACCCUUCUCGGGUAGAGUGGAUACACGAGCCCGACAAAGAGUACUUGAUCGGCGAACAAGUCCUCCGAAUAUCUGACCCUCAACAACUGAACUAUGCUGUCAGGUGGCCAAUCCAUGGAUAUAACUUUAACACUAGGGAUUAUCCAUCUGUACAAAUGAUUCUGGAUGACAUCGAGACUAUCAUCAGCACUGCUCUUUACGAGAAAUACAAGAUGUCUCGUGGUGAUUACAAGAACUAUUCGGUUGUCCUCGUCAUCCCGGACUUCUAUGAUCGUGCAUAUGUCCGCGAAUUCGUGAACAUCCUCUUGCGCACCAUGGGCUUCAAGCAGAUAUGUGUUCAACAAGAAUCUCUCGCAGCCACCUACGGAGCGGGAAUUUCCAAUGCUUGCGUUGUGAAUAUCGGAGCUGUCUGUACGAGCGUCGCUUGUGUAGACGAAGGCCUGGUAAUUGCUGACUCCAGGAUUUCAUUGAACAUGGGCGGAAACGAUAUCACGGAAUUUCUGUAUGUGCUACUUGAAAAGAUCAAUUUCCCAUAUCGCGAUAUCAAUCUUGCUCUCUGGCACGACUGGCAUGUCGUAGAAGAUCUCAAAGCUCGCCUGUGCACGUUGACCGAGGGAGACGUCGCAUUAAAUCUCUAUGACUUCGUAGUACGACGGUAUGGGAAACCAACAGAGAAAUAUGGCCUUCGCGCUUAUGAUGAGAUAAUACUCGCGCCCAUGUGUAUUUUUGAGCCACGAGUGAUAGAGUUCGAUAGAAAGAGGAUCGGAUCGAAGCCGAUAUCUAGUCCGGAUGUGACAGAAGAAAUCAUUGAACAUCCUGCAGACCAUGUUACACAGGCGAUGAUAAUAUCCACUCAACACCUAUUGCCACCACCACCGCCUCAACCAUCACAAGCCCCGGUGCCCGCAGCACCACCAGAAGGACGUUCACCCCUUCCCUCUGAAAAUGGGACAAAACUCGAGCAACAAGAAAUAUCGUUACCUUCUACUGCCAAUCAUACUCCACCUCCCACACUCCCGGCAAGGGAGCUGAUCGAAGUAUCCAAUGGACCUGUGGAAACGGCUGAUACAGAUGUGGAAGAGAAAACAGCUCAAACGACCCAGCCUCCUGCGCAAAGUGCUCAACAAGUGCGGCUUGGCUCUGUGCCAUCCAGCUCGAACUAUCCAGGUGGUUUGCCCAUCGAUGUAUGCUUUGAAGCGAGCAAACUUCCUCUGGACGUGGCCAUUUUCAACAGCACUCGGUCAUGCGGGGGUGAUGACAAGAUACGCAAAUAUCUUCAAGCUGUUUUGGUAAUUGGUGGAAGCGCACAGAUCCCUGGCAUGGCCCAUGCUCUCGAGAGCAGGUUGCAGGCCAUUGCAACACCUCUAGUGCCACACAUGGAGAAGGUGCAGAUUAUACCGCCCCCCAAAGAUGUUGACCCGAAGAUACUCGCAUGGAAAGGUGCAGCUGUGCUUGCAAAGAUGGAUUCUGUUGCCGAUCUGUGGCUCACAUGCACUGACUGGGAUAUACUCGGUAUGAGAGGUCUGAAAGAGAGAUGUUUUUACCUAUGUUAAAGCCCAUGAAAUAUUUGGCUAUGUAGUUCACUUUUUCAUUGUGUGCGUGUACAUACCUCCAUAUGAGACAUGGGAUAAUCGGCUCAACGGGGACGAACUGUCCGUCUAAUUGCGCCCAUCCUUCCCGCAAUGAUGUAUUACAUAAUUUGAAAUUUGAAUCUCAC